GUGGUUGCCUGGUGGUGUGUGAUGAGUGGGUGAUUGGUAGCAGGCUUUGCAACCAAUCACGGCUAUUGAGGAAGGGAUGUCUCAGGGGUCAGUGACCAAACCCAAGGAAGUGGUUUGACACUUGGCCACUGGACACCGACAGAGGACGGAUAGUGUUAGAAUUAACCCUCCAAGUUCCUUCAAUAAUUACACUUUGCCUCUGUCGGACAUCUACGUUGGAUUGCGCCAGCCCAGCUUUAUCACCACAAUAAUUGUAUAUUCAUCCCCUGUCCUGCUCUAGGCCGAAUCCAAAUCAAGAGAGCCAGCAGGACAGCGUGUCAUCAACUGUAGCCUACUUAUCUUCACUGUAUUUUCGUCAUACCCACUUGUACCAGAACAGUAAUCCUGUCCCCUGAUCAAGGACAAGGAACUGGUUCUGAAGUCUUCAAGUUUGUCAUCAUAAUCUUCGCAGCCCCAAUAUCUUCAACUUUGCUGGAAGAACUUUUUCAUUGUCACACCAUCUUCAAUUCAAGUAUCUUCAAUUCAAGUUAUCGUCAGCGUCCGUCCAAGUCCAACACCAACAGAUAGGCCAUUCAUUUAUUUUUGUUUUAUAUUUCCAUUGUAUAAAGUUUCAUUGUUAUUUUCGUUGCAUUUUUAUUGUCGAGACCCGCUGGGUUUGUUUUUCUCCUCUUUUGUAUUUGAGAUUUUAUUAUUAUCUCAUUUGCACUGUAUAAAUACAGCGUUUUAAAUUCGCCUCUCCCUUUAUAGUAGUCGGGAUUUGAAUAAAACUUUCUUCAUAUUUUACAACACCACAAAAACAGCGUGUCCCUUGUAAAAUUUAUUAUGUUUCAGCACAGAGUGCGCUAGCCGCACUCAAACCUGUUACAUAAUUGGCGCCCAAUGUGGGGAUACGCUGUAUUUCGUUUCCAAUUUUGAUUGUGUGUUCAAACAAAACACCUUUCGACGACUACUGAUGGGGCCCACAUUAUUUCUCGACAUUGUUUUCUGCUAAACUUGCCAACUUUCCCCAUUGUAUUUAUUUGUUGUUUUUCAGCAUUGCUCUUGCCACAGUUUUAAUUUGAAUUUAUUGUUUUCAUGUACCCUUUGGUUGCAUGUAAUUAUUUACAUCAGAUUUUUUAUUUAUAACUCUUAACUUCAUUUUAAUCAUUAUGUCCGUGUUGGUGGCUAACAUUCCACCUGAAGCCUCCCUAGCGCAGAUACGUUAUUUUCUAGGACGGGCUGGUGCAAUCCGUAACAUUACUGAGCCGUCACAUUCCGGAAGUGCCUAUGGCUCAUAUGUAUAUUGCCAGUACACUUCUCCGGCAGCGGCGGCUGAGGCUGUUCAGUUCCUUAAUGGACAGUCCCUCCUCAAUGGCUACCCUCGCUUGUCGCACCGGCAGCCUCCACCCCCUGGACUCGACCCUAUACCAAUGGCUUCCCUCAUCCCCUCCCACGAAGAUGUUCUUCGUACAACCCCUCCCUUGCCUAUCCUUCAUCCCCCGACACCGAUGACUGUGCCCAUACCAACCAUACCACAACAAUAUCCUAUUUCUCACCCAACUACCCCUCCCCCUUCCAUUCCUUUUUCCAAUCCUCCCCCUCCUGUACUUUCUCCUAUCCCCCAGGCGGCCUUUGCAGCGCCGCAGCCAGCGCCGCAGCCACAGCCGCAACCGCCACAUGCGUUUCCAUCUCAUUUUCCCCCACAUAGGCCUUUCCCUGCCCAUCCUCAGCCCCCAGCUGCUUAUGUCCAGCCCCCCAAGAUCUCUCCUUUCCUUGGGGAUGUGUCGUCAAAGGGGCAUGGUGUUGACUUCGACUCUUGGAGAUUCGAAGUCGACUCCUUGCUCCGAGACGGCACAUACUCGGAGCAGAUUUUGGCCCCAUAUGUUCGCCAAUCGAUCCGUGGAGAACCCAGUCGGCUAAUUCAAACGCUGGGCCCCCACCCUUCGAUUGGCGCCAUAGUUUGUGAGCUGGAGGGGAGUUACGGCACCGUCCAGGAUGGGCCGUCACUCCUCCAGCGGGCAUAUAACAGCAACCAAGAAGACCAGGAGACGGCUGCUGGUUUCGGUCGCCGUCUCAAACUCCUCGUGUAUGAUGCGUGCCGUCGUGGUGGCCUUCCUGUGGCCACCAUGGACAACGUUCUGAUGCAAAUAUUUUGGCGUGGCCUGAGAGACCAACAACUCAAGAAUAUCUGUCGCCAUAAGAAGGACGAGGUAGCCACAUUUGAUAGUUUAGUGCGCCUCGUCCGCUUGGGCGAGCAGGAGUUGGUUGCGAAACGCCCCGUGAAGGACCUUCCCCCUGGCCCUCCACGCCCCACUCCUGCCCAUGACUUCAAAGAUGCCCUCUCGGUAAUUUCGUCCUCACUGGCUGAGCUUAAAGUCGCCUUAACACCCCAACCAGCGGCCCCUCCAAUCCAGCCCCCACCCCAUUUUCGGAGCUUUGCCAUGACCUCCAACAACCCGCCCCCACUCAAUCCGCCCACACCAGCACGGUUUGAGUGCUAUAAAUGCGGUCAAGUCGGGCACAUUGCCCGUGGGUGUCGCAACCCCCCUAAGCCUCAAAAGUCAACAGUUAAUUUAAACAGGCACCUGCCUCCACAGGAGGUGAUGUGGCAGGCAGCCUCGCCGUCAAACCCGGCGGCCUCCACCACACCCCAACAAUCCUAA